CAACCACAGGCGGUGUUGACUCCAGCUGAAGAUGGAAGCAGACAGCUGACAGAGAGUUUGUCUCAGCUGAAGACAGACUCCGAGCUUUCUGUCCCCGACCAGCCGACCAACAACAUCCUCCGACAUGGACAACACCGACAACCUGUUUCAUCCCAGCCUGGCAGCAGCUCUCAUGAAGCUUGAUCCAGAGGAUGGUGAACAGAUCAUGGAGUAUUUUAAAACUCACGCUCUGCUGACCAGAGAGAAAGCACUGCUACAGGCGUCGGUGAGGGAGCAGAAGAAGCUGCUGGUGGAAAACGCCAAACUGAAGAAAGACAUCGAUCAGCUGAAAGUUCAGCUGCAGGACAAACAGCGGAGACGCACAGCCAAGGCCUUGCUGUCUCCGCCUCCACCAACACUUAGCCCCGCCCCCACCACACCUGUCAACCAACCUUCCUCCCCUGCUGGAGCAACAGCCAGUGUUCCUUCAAGUCCUCCUCCUCCCUCCUCUUCCUCAUAUGACCGGAGAGAGAGACAGAGCCGGAGGAGGCGAGGUGAAAGGAAAGCUCGUCCCACCUCUGACUCUCUCUCUCUGGAGGCGGAGCCUCGGAUUGAUGUGUCCCGUCUUGACCUGAGGGUUGGACGGAUCCUGAGCAUCCGCCGCCACCCGCUGGCUGAGACAAUGUCCAUCCAGGAAGUAGAUGUGGGAGAAAACGCCCCACGGAUGGUCGUCAGCAAGCUGGGAGGGAAAACACACCUGGAGCAGCUCCAGGGCAGUCUAGCUGUGCUGCUUUGCAAUGUAAAGGCCUGUAAGCUGAGGGGCGUGGUUUCUCAGGCCCGCAUCCUCUGUUGCUCCACCCCCAACGACUGCAUUGAACCAUUGGCUCCGCCCACAGGAUCUGCUCCGGGAGACAGAGUCACCUUUCUCAACUACCCUGGUGAGCCGGACAGAGAGCUGCAGUCCAAGCACAGGGUUUGGGAGCUUCUUCAGCCUGACCUGCAGGUGGACUGCAGGGGUGUGGCCAACUAUAAAGGCUGUGGGUUUGAGGUGAAGGGGAAAGGGCUGUGCAGGGCCCCGUCCCUCACCAGCUGCAUCAUUAGAUAGACGUAGUGAGGCCCCGAAAAUCAGCUGCCGUCAAUCACUCAGCAAACAGAAGAAGAAAACAUGUCUUUGCAUCACUGUCGUUUAUUGAUUAAAAACACUUCCAUCAUC